AUGGCGCGUGUCAAAUCCGACAAUAGAAAACGUAAGAGAUCCGAAAGUCGCGAGCCUCUUAGCAAUGCUGUAGACGAAGAAAUCACGGAACCAUCGUCCAACGAUGAAGACGACAAUGCACAGGGAGAAUUGGCUGGAAUGGAUGAAGAUGAAGAGCUGGAUUCGGAGGAAGAAUUCCAGCAGGAAAACGCUGCUGACAAAAGGCGUCGUUUGGCCAAACAAUAUCUGGAUAAUCUGAAAGCAGAAGCGAACGAAAUAGCACAAGACGUGCAUGAAAAACUGGACGACGAACCCGGUACAGCAGAGGAAAAUUAUAACACUUUUGAUGCUCGGGACCUGGACCGCGAAAUUGUGGCCUCAAGACUGAAGCAGGACGUGGCUGAACAGCAGGGUCGUAUCUACAGAAUCAUCGGCGACAAACUCCUCAUCUCGGAAGCCAAGACUUCUUUCAGUCGCGUGGGGGAAAAAAAUCUGACCGGCAUUUCAUGCUACCAACCGGCCAUCAACAAAUUCUCACACCAGGACUCGCAAAGUAAAAAUAGCGGUAAACUUUUUGCCUACACUGUCAGCAAAGACAUGACUUUGACGAAGUACGAUAUCACAGACUUUGCAGCGAGACCUAAAAAACUGAAAUACACUAAAGGCGGACGUCGUUUUAUCCCUGAGAGCAAAUUCGAAUAUGAGAACACUACUGAGGGCCAUUAUGACGAAAUAUUGACGUUGGCGGCCUCUCCAGACGGCAGAUACAUCGUGACCGGUGGGCGUGAUAGAAAAUUGAUUGUUUGGAGCACAGAAUCGCUGGCACCCGUCAAGGUUAUCCCCACAAAGGACAGAAGAGGCGAAAUUCUCUCGUUGACUUUUCGAAAGAAUUCGGACCAGCUGUAUGCUGCUUGCGCUGACUUCAAAAUUAGAACGUACUCGAUAAAUCAAUUUUCGCAACUGGAGAUUCUGUACGGGCAUCAAGAUCUUGUUGUUGGCAUUUCUGCACUGGGGAUGGAAAGAUGCGUCACGGUGGGCUCCCGUGAUAGGACCGCCAUGCUUUGGAAAAUUGCAGACGAAACAAGAUUGACUUUCAGAGGCGGUGACGACCCUGAAAGGCUGAUGAAAAGAUGGAUCAAACAAAAUACUCACACAACGGAGGAUGGCAAAGAAGUACGUCCUCGGGAGGAGGAAAUUCCGUUGUUCUACGGAGAAGGGAGCAUUGAUUGUGUUACUAUGAUGGACGAUUCGCAUUUUGUCACUGGUUCAGACAACGGAAACAUAUCUCUAUGGUCUCUGUCGAAAAAGAAGCCUCUUUUCACGCAGCGUUGCGCUCAUGGGGUGGUCCCCUUGCCGGACUCUAAUAAGAUAUCGGCAGAGGCUGAAAGCGAAAAGCGCGAGCAACAGCUACAAAACAAAAAAAUAUCUCAUCCUUAUUGGAUCACUGCUUUGUAUGCGAUCCCAUACUCCAACGUCUUCUUGUCUGGUUCGUGGGACGGUGCGCUCAGAGUAUGGAAACUAGGUGAAAAUUUCAGAGAGUUCGAACUGAUUGGCGAGUUAUCCGGUUGUAGCGGUGUGGUGACCAAUAUUCAGACCGUGGAGAGCGGGAAACAUGGUAAGGAAACCUUUCGUGUGUUGGCAAGCGUAAGCAAAGAGCAUAGACUGGGCAGAUGGAUGAGUACUAUACCCGGGGCCAGAAAUGGUAUAUUUUCAGCCACAAUUGAACAAACAGGAUUCUGA